UUUUUCUUUACUUUUUUGUACAUAGACAAUAUCAUAGAAUUCUUUUUUCAAUAAUAAUAAUAAUAAUAAAAAAUGGCCAUCUCAAAAAAGCAAUUUUAUAUACGUAGAACAUCAACACGCACCAUCAACAAGACAGCGCCCAUAGUACAACUUGACAUACCCAUCCUACCGCAAUACUCAUCGAUUGAAACACUUUAUCAUCGACAUCCAAAGAAACUGUUAUUAGGAGAUCAAUACACUAGAGGAUUGCCAGAUGCAAAGUGCAUAGACAGGUUUGAAAGUGCAAAACAACUUGCAGAAACAAAUAAAGUGAAUAAACCAAACGAACAAGACGAACGAGCAUGUUCAAUCUCCAAAACUCGCGCUAUAGUAAGACAACAAAAAGGCUCUUUGCCUUCUUCACCUUCUUCUCCCACAAGUAUCAGCAGUAAUAGCAGUGUUUCUUCCAGCAGUUCACUCAUCGCAUUGCCUACAACAUCAUUUUUGCCUAUAGCUUCGCGUGAUCAUCAGCAACAAACAGAACAUAUACGCAAAAUACAGAUUGGACCUUAUUUAGUGGAUGUGUGGUAUUUAUCGCCUUACCCUGAAGAAUAUAGUCGCCUAGAAGUACUUUAUAUAUGUGAAUUCUGCUUAAAAUACAUGAAGAGUGAAUACAUUGCUAAUCGUCAUAAGAUUAAAUGCCCAAUGAAGCAUCCACCAGGGGAUGAGAUCUAUAGAGAUGGUAUUAUUUCAAUAUUCGAAGUAGACGGUAGAAAGAACAAGAUUUAUUGUCAAAAUCUAUGUUUGCUUGCCAAAAUGUUCUUGGAUCACAAAACUCUGUAUUAUGAUGUAGAGCCCUUUUUGUUCUAUAUCUUGACAGAGACAGAUGAGACAGGCUGUCAUUUUGUAGGUUAUUUCUCUAAAGAAAAACGAUCCUUGUUGGACUACAAUCUAUCUUGCAUUAUGACAUUACCUGCAUAUCAAAGAAAGGGAUAUGGUCAAUUCUUGAUUGAUUUUAGUUAUCUCCUUUCAAAAAAGGAAGACAAGGCUGGAUCACCAGAGAAACCCUUAUCUGAUCUAGGUCUCUUGAGUUAUCGCAAGUAUUGGGCAUAUACAAUCAAGUAUCAACUGAUUCAAUAUUCAGGCACGACUAUCACAUUAGAAGCCCUUAGCAAACUGACUUGCAUGACUUUGGAUGAUAUUGUGUCUACAUUAGAAUUAAAUGGCUUAUUAAAGAAAUCAAAUGGCGAAUACCAGAUCAUGGUACCAGACUUACCAGACAAACCACGCCUGAUAGCAAACAGUGAGAAACUCACCUGGGUGCCUUAUAUGGUAGCCACACAAGGAGAUGCAGGCAUCUUGAAUAUACCUCGUGAAAACACACUUAAGAAGAGAAAAAGUGUGAGUAAUCAAACAACCAGAAGAUCGACUAGAACAAGAAUUUGCUAAUACAAAUGUCAUUUAUAAAUAAAUAUUUAAAUAAAUUAAAGGAGACUAGAUAAACAAAGGAGACAAAAAAGCAUGUUGUCUAU